GUGUUUGUCUUCAAACAGUCGAGUCAUGGGUUCUGGGUUCGAAGGUCUGGUGAGCAGAGCAGAAAACCCAGAUUCAGGAGGAACCAAGUACCAACAGAACUGCAGAAGGGUCUUCCGCCGAUCGUCCGCCACUCCGCCGAUCUUCUCUUCGCCGAGUCCGCCAAUUUCUCUUCCACUAAUCGUCCGCCGAUCUUCUUCUCUGUCACUGCACUUCUUCUAUUCCGCUGAUCUUCACCAUCUACCUCAUCUGAUUGGCUCAAAACAGAACAGAUCAUCUUCGGGAAAGUGGUUUCUCUCCUCUGCUGAGCACCUCCUCCUCAUCUCCUCUGUUGACUGUCGAUCACCUCCUCCUUCCUCACUGGACUGAAACAGCAAAGCAAAACAAAAGUCACACUGUUGCAGAACAUACCAUCUCCUCCAUCGCUGCCCUCCUUCUCUUCCUCACUCCUCUGUCGGUGCCCUUCUUCUCUCUACUCCACCGAACAGAAGCAGCAACGAAAAUCAGAAACUUCCUCGUCAUUCACUCAAAAUAGAGUAAAACUAACCUA